CGAAGCAACAAUUGAAUCAAUUUUUAAACUAAUCAAGUUUCGUUGAUUUCAAGGAAUAAUUUUAAAUGAAGGCUGGAACUGAAAACUUCAACAGCGGAAGAUAAAAGAAAGACCUGAAAUUUUAAAUGAAGCCGGAUUUAUUAAUAUCAAUAAUAUAUAAUGUUAAUUUUGAUAACAAUACAACAUUUGAAUCGAAUAAUAAAGUGCACGCAUGGAUUAAAGUUUGCAUCGUGAAACUUCUUACAGACACCGACAAAAACAAUAUCACAAUUUUUGGUUUCACAAUGGAGAGAGCCUCAAUCGCCUCUGGAACCAGUGAGGCCUAAACAGUAUACUGAAUUUGAGGUGUUUGGUUCAUGUUCACGGGCUAAUUCAACGAGAGGGAAGCCGCUACGCAAAUACGAAACAAAAAAACGUAAGUUAUAUACAAUUUGUUUUCAGAAUUUUACGACUGUGAGUGAGAGAUUUGGCACUUCUUCCACGAAUGUGCUAUUUCCCAACUUUGUCUCUUCUUGCUCAAUUUUCAACAUGAAUGUGACGCAUAUUUCAGUAGAACCCGAGCAUUAGGCACAACUUGAUGCCGAAGCAAGUAAUUUAUAAACACAAUCGGUAAGAAAUUGUUGUCUUUUUAAGUGUUCUGUUUCCGUUUGAAUUUGCUAUCACAACUUGAUCAUUACUAUUUUACCUUUUUUAGCUAAUAUUGAAGGGGAAUAUUUGAGAACUAGGAGCAAAAUGGUACGCUGUCAUUGUGAUUGAUAGCUGAAACUUUCCUUUAAACAAACCUUAACGGAUAAUUAUUUUUCAAAAAACACAAAAAAGCUCUAAAUUUCUUCUGGCCUUCCAGUAAUUUCACUUGCCUUGUUUUAAUAAUCUGUCCCUUCCCAUCCCUCUUCUUUGGUUUUUUUUUUUUUUCAAUCUCUCUCUCCUUCAAGGAUUCUCUGUGAGAACCUUAACAAUUAUGCAUAGAAGUAGCGUUUGUAUUUUGGGGUCAAAAACCCUCGCUAAAAUUAUUGUUGUUGGAAUCACAUCAUAGCAUCAAUCUUUGUGGGUUAUCUAAUUUAAUACCAAAGCGAGUUUCAGAAAGUUAAGGUGAUUUGUGUCCGCUAAACAGAUAGUUAACUGAACGAAUCUGGCACCCUGGAAAUUAAAGAGCACGUCCGUUGAACAUGUAUAAGGGCCAUUUCUUUCAAAUGGAAAUUAAAAAAAAAAUUUGAAGUGAGGUGUAAAAAUGUUUAUGACAGUUUUCCAAUUGGAAUGCCGCCUUAAAACAACAGAUUAUUGCUCACAAAAGAAUUCAAGAAAAGGUUUUUCAUCAUUAGGUGAGCAGUCGUGAAUAGCAUCAAUAUUAAUAAGAUGAAAGUACUUUUUUUUCAACGAAGUGAUUGCCUGCGAAACCCUACGUCAAUAAAAACUCCAGAAAUACCACAUUAACGUCACACUGAACCUUAAUUCUCUCAAUCGAGAAAAAUUGUCUGAUUGUACACCCACACAUCUAGCGGGCCCUGGAUUAAAUCCCAUGAUUAUCAUAGUGGUAGCUAAACUUGAAGAAAUUUAUAAUGAAAAGAGCACUUCUUCCUCUUUGCAUGAAAGGCUAAGUACUGCCUAAUCAUGGUCAAUAAGAAAAGAACGUUACUUUGUGGUCACUUAUUGUUAUGGUGAUUGACAGCUUUGUCCAAGACCUAAAUGGAUUUGCUUCUCAGUUACCAAACACUUUACUUUCAGACAGAAAGAGGGGCUCACCUAAGACCAAUAUACUUUUCAAUAGCCACCCGAGGCGACAAAGCGAAUACGUAAUAUCAAGUCGACAAUCGUGGACACAACUAAACCAUUGCCUUUUUAUUCCCAUAUUCGAGCCACGGAAGGAUUGAAAAAUAUUUCUAGCUUCUUGCUGAAUUAAGGGCAAGCUCCAAUAAAAACCGUUUCUCACCACUAAAUGACUAAAACGAACAAAGUAAACAACUUGGCGAAAAAUAAUUCUUGUUCCCGAAUCUUGCAUGCGCGGUUGUAUAGUACAAGAAAUGCCUUUAGCAUAUAUGUAUACAUUGCAUUAUUAAUGAAACAAGCAAUUAAAGAAAACGUGCCUUCAUAAACAGAGGAAGUGCUUGGAUGAGCGCUAAGUGAGUAGAUUUGUGGACGAUUUUUGUUAUGAUAACAUAGCCCCUAUACAGAAAUUACAAUCACAUGAUCUGAGUGACAUCACAUGCGGCUGGUACGUUUUGAAAGAAACUGUUCCCAUCGAUCUCAGUAUUACAAUGUAUCCGCUCUCCAAACCGUGCGCGUUUGGCUCGGAAAAUUGCGCAGAACGUUGGCUGAAAAUGGCAUCUCAGGCAGGCUUACAGCGUGAUUCCAUUUCUUCACACGGUUUACAACAUUGACAUCAAGAAGAAGUCAUGGCAGACUUCAACUCCACGUCAUCAACUCCUGCCAAGUCUUCCACCUUGACAGUCAGCAAUAUCUUCCUCAUCGCUUACCUCUCGUUGCUAGUUGUCACAGCUCUGGGCGGUAACGGUUUAUUGGUGACUGUAAUCAUCAAAAGACAACUCCUGCAAAAAGUUCACUAUUAUUUCAUAUUGAGUCUUGCAACUUCGGAUUUCUUAAACGCUCUGUUGAAGAUACCCACUACCAUCCUUGGACGUUUUGAUCGCAAUUGGUACCCGAGUUAUACAAUCUGUUAUUUCACCACCCCUCUAGGGGUGCUUUUUGGCGCGGCGUCCGUGUUCAGCUUGUCAGCCGUUGCCAUCAACAGAUACCUCGUCAUUUCGUCGCCACUGAACUAUACGGACCGAAUGCCGUCGUACCUGGCUAAAACCCUAUUAGCUGUGAUUUGGUUCGGCAGUCUUUGUUUGGCGAUCCCGCCAGUGAUGUGGAGAGAAAAGGAGGCCAUUUGCCGCAGCGGAAAGAUCUCCGAAGAACAUUACACGUCCGAAGUGCUGUACUUCUUCCUAGCGUUAUGGCUCUUCGUGAUCGUGAUACCUUGUAUCGUAAUGAGCGUGUCGUACGUGAAAAUUUACCUGAUCGCGCGAUAUCACGCCUUACAAAUAGACUCCCAAAACCAAGCCAGUACACUGUACCAGCAGACCAGGAAGAGGAGAAAGGACUUAAAAGCCGCUGCGGUCCUGGCUGUGAUUGGUGGAAUUUUCAUUCUAUGCUGGCUUCCUUUCUUCAUCGUGCAGACUGUUCACAAGUUCGGCAAAGGGCAAAUAAGUCCGAUCUAUUUUAACAUUUUUCUUUGCGUAAUGUACACUAACUCAGCGUUGGACCCCACGCUUUUAUUCCUGUUUAACGCCGAAAUAAGAAAAGCUUUGGUAAGGAUGCUCUGCCGAGUAUUCUUCAAACCGAAACCGCAGAUUCCACAAUCAGAGCUGUCUUCAUUUCUCAACCAGGGAGCGUAACGAAAAAAACACAAAGUAAACUUUGUACAAUAUAUCAAAAAAAGUCGCUAGACAUAGUUCAUCUCGCGGUAACGAUCGUAAGCCUUUCAUUAAAAAAGAACAGACGAUAGAUCGCCUUAUACAACUAUCAUUUAUUCAAUCCAUUUAGGUCGUGUUCCGAAUACCAACAAACAAAGAUUUAAAAUAGAUUUUAUAAGUUGAAUGAUGAUAUGGGAUUACAUGACCUCCGUAUGUGACGCGCUUGGGAUCCGCCCUUCUAGGACCGUCAUUCCCGUCCGUUAAGGGUUGGGUCAGAGUCCUAUCCGUGUAUACUUGCGUAGUCUGUAAUCGGCAAAUAAAUGAUCACAAUAACUGAUCACUUGUACUGUGACUUAAAUUGUUUUUAAUUUGUCUCGACUUGAAAAGAAAUGUUCAAAAAUGUUCAAAAUUUGUUGUUUCUA